AUGAACACAACGGAUGCCACGAACGGCUGUUCCGUAUUCAGCGUGUUGUUUGCCCCGGUUAAUGGCAGUGCCCGACAGCGACGGCGGUGGUUGUGCGGAAGAAUGUACGUUGGGUUUGACAGGACAACGUUGGUGGAUGAGGAAAGCCACAAGACGGUCUGCGUCGUGUCGGGAACGGGGAUUCGUUCCAACGCGGUGUACGCAAUGAUGCAGGCGGCGAGCAACGGGGCAGCGUGGCAGGCGGGAACGGAGCUGUCAUUGAAGAGGUACGCCGUGCAGAUUGAGGAAGCGAUGCACCUCCACCUUCUGCCGUAUGCAACAUUCGACGGCGGUGGCAAGAAGGAAGGAGGGGACGAGGAAGAGGAGGCGGCCGUACGAUGUUGGAGUGACGAUGAUGAUUAUGACAGGACGGCAGGAAUACCAAGAACGGCUGUAGGCGCAGCUGAGGUAUUGACGCCAUGCCAUGUCAACCAGGCUUCUCCAGUCAGUACUGUAACCAUUGCUGCUUCUGCUUGCACUGUAACGACUGAAAACGUGCAUGGGAAUUUUUUGCGCCAAAGGCGUUUGUCUCACGAACUUCUCCGGGAGCUGGAGAACGCGUAUCCGCACUUUUUUGCGUGA